AUGGACAAGGAAACCAAGAGAAUUGGGUCCUUGAAGAGAAUUCAGCUUCACGUGACCAAAUGUCAAGAAUUCAAAACUCUUCUAAAUGCUUCUCUGGACUUCAUCUCCUCGGUGAUCUCGGUUCACUUCAAUCACACAAAGAUGUCUUGCUCCAGCCUGUACUAUCCAGAAUGCGGGGUGGCCCGACCCAGCCCAGUUUCCGGCACCUGCAACGAGCCGUGCGUGAGGCAGUGCCCUGACUCCGAAGUGGUGAUCAGACCCUCACCGAUUGCCGUGACCAUCCCAGGGCCCAUUAUGAGCACCUUCCCUCAGCAGAGUGAAGUGGCAGCUCUAGGAGCCCCUGUGGUGGGAUCCGGCUAUGGCGGCUCAUUUGGUGCGGGAGCACUCUCCGGCUAUGGAGCUCCUUACGGGGGAUACUACGGCUUGGGAGGUUUCGGUGGUUAUGGGGGACGUUUUGGUUAUGGGGGUCUCUGUGGUUAUGGAGGUGGUUAUGGUUACGGGAGAGGCUUUGGGGGACUCUGUGGUUAUGGGGGAGGUUAUGGGGGGCUCUGUGGUUAUGGGGGAGGUUAUGGGGGGCUCUGUGGUUAUGGGGGAGGUUAUGGGGGACUCUGUGGUUAUAGGGGAGGUUACGGUUAUGGAGGAGCAUGUGGCACCGGGGUGUCUUGUCAUCGGUACCUGAGUGCAUGCGGCUCACCAUGUUAGACACGGCAGGAAACUCUAUGGCCAAAGGAAAGACCAGGAAAUGAACAGCAACUGAUAGAUCCCGAUAUCGAUUUCAGAAGGGCCGUGCCGGCCUGACUCCAGCUGAGCUCCACGUGAGCUGUAUCUGCCCAGCCCCUUUCUCUUAUGGAUCCGUGUCUAAUGUCUUGCUAGGAUCCCUUUCUGCCAGUGCUUCCCCACCACGUGUUUAUUCCCUUUGUCACAUAUGGACUCACUCGUGUUUUACUAACCCCACAGUGUGUAGGAAACAGGGGCCUUAUGAAAGCAUCCGUUGCAUUUAUUUAUUGUUUGUCCAACCUUGCAGCCAUAACAAAAGGAAAAGAACUUCUUGCCUCAUAUGUAUCCAAGCAACAGGAGUGUGUGUGUGAUUAUUCGCAGCCCAUAUUAAGAACGGAGGAUACGUUCUUUCUGCUUUGUAUUAUUGUUUUCUGUAAUUGCGUAUUUGCAAAUUUCAUUCACAUUAAAAAUUGCGUUGCAUCA